UGCAGGUUACUUAGUGGAAAGUGAGGAGAUUCAGGUGUGUGCAGUCCAAGCACAGAGGAUAUAAAGCCAGGAGCUGGCCGAGUGACCCUAGGAUAGUUUAUGUGGGAUUCUCUACAAUAUCUCAAUAUGCAAGGCCACUGGGCUGUGUUAACGCUUUGCUGGCUGGGACAGCUGUGUGUGGCUCUGAAUUUGAGGCCUCAGAUUGCAAAUCCCAAACUUGCUACAAGCAAUCCUACCCUUACCACAAUUGCACUAGAGAAACCUUUCUGUAUGUUUGAUGAUUCACUGUCUCCAGGGAGCUCCUAUGAGGUCUACUUGUAUGCAAUGGCUGACUCUGAAAGUACUGUAAGCUCAGCUGUGACUGACAACAGCAGCAAACCUCUCAAUACCACCUUCCAAGACACCAAUGGAGGACAACUUGGACCUUACAGGGCUGCAUUGUUUAAUGUGCCCAACUGUGCAUCACCCCCUAUGCUAGCUGAUGUUGUGAAUGUGAAAAAAGUUUCAGAUGUCUUGAAACAAUACCUCUUCAGAGUGGGAGAUGAUGUGACUUGUUUAUAUGACCCAAACUUUCCUGGUGCCUGUAACCCACCCCUUGCUCAGGACACAACAUACAGGUUUAAAUACCUCUUAGUAGAUGUGAAUGCAGGUGUUGUCAAAGACCAAACUCUCUGGUCUGACCCAAUGAAAACCAGAAGGGUAAAACAGUCCUCAACAAUUGAUACCUGGCCUGGGCGAAGGAGUGGAGGAAUGAUUGUCAUCACAUCAAUCUUAAGCACUCUUAUGUUCAUUCUAGUUGCUGGCUUUCUUGCCUCCCUAUACUUCAUUGUCAUCAGGGCACCAGAAGAGGCAGUCACGGAGACCAGACAUGAGUCUCGGACUACAGAGCAGGGUGCACCACGAUCUCGGGGUAACUCUGAGGUAGGGAACCAAUAAGCCUUGGUGGAAAGAAGAAUCCAGCUGAAGUCCAACUGUGGUGUGAAGCUACACAUGUACGGAUAGCAAAAAAUUACCCUCUUAACUCUGAAUAGUUCACAUUCAUUAGCAACUCAAGUUCCGCAUUGGAAGCUGUGGCACAGGUGCCACAACCUGUUCUGUCAACUUCUAUUGUACCACCACUAUCUUAAUCUGGCUGCAGUCACAAAUGGAUGCUAGCACUGAGCCCCAGUGACAAGAUUACUUGCUGCUACCAACAGUUACAUGCUUUAACAGCACAUCUCUAAAAAUGAAGGGUGGUAGAGAAUUCUCACUGGCUGACUGAAUUAGUGGAAGGAGAGAGAAAAUGACCAAGUGUAUAUGCAGAGGAGAGUAAUACUGACAACUUUCAAUUUCACUGGGAUGGGCUCAGGUUAUUUAGUACCUAAUUAGCCUUGCUAUGUUAAUGUGAUAUAACAAGGCUUCUAGCUGAGUAUAUAGUAAAGGCUUGACAGCAGCUGGCCUCUGAUCUUCAUAACUGAAGAACUUAAUGUAUCAGAACUGCAAUUUAGUACCAAACUUUGAAUUGAAGGGCAGAAGCAAACUAACCAACUGCAGAUAUGAGGGGUGUGGCUCCCAUAAAAUAUCAGCAACUUGCUCAGCUCUGCACAGAUGGCACACCUAGCCUCCCAUACCUAUAAAGGAAAUUGAGAGAAGUUACUGAGGCCAGAAUUCAGGUCUCUUUGACACAAUACAGCAUAACUGUAUUUGGCGGGUUCCAUCAGCUUCUAAACCUACUUCUCUGAACAGUUCCUGUAACAGUACAUUCUCAACCAGUACCGCUGGAAGCAGUCUUGUUACUUUCCUUCACUUCUGUUAUGUCCCCACUGAACAGUAAAAGUGGGGGGAAAAGUGCUAAUGCUGCAUUUUUUUCCUCCCACUGACCUUCCCAAGUUGUAUUCAAUGUGUAUUGCAUGAAACCUUCUCCUAAACUAAUCUAGGACAAGUUAUGUCAACAGUUGUGAAUGUUGCUUAUAUUCAUAAAGUUUUAGCCAUCCAUUCUAGUGUUGGCUGCAUAAAGACUGAGAUCUCCUAAACUGACACACUUUGGCUAUGUCUAUACUCUCAGCUUCUUGUGUGAGAAAUAAGCAAAUGAGGCCA